AUGGCAAGCCAGCGUGGAGGAUGGCAGGCCAGCGGGGAGGAUGGCAAGCCAGCGUGGAGUAUGGCAGGCCAGCGUGGAGGAUGGCAAGCCAGCGUGGAGGAUGGCAGGCCAGCGUGGAGGAUGGCAGGCCAACGGGGAGGAUGGCAGGCCAGCGGGGAGGAUGGCAGGCCAGCGGGGAGGAUGGCAGGCAAGCGGGGAGUAUGGCAGGCCAGCGUGGAGGAUGGCAAGCCAGCGUGGAGGAUGGCAGGCCAGCGUGGAGGUUGGCAGGCCAACGGGGAGGAUGGCAGGCCAGCGGGGAGGAUGGCAGGCCAGCGGAGAGGAUGGCAGGCAAGCGGGGAGUAUGACAGGCCAGCGUGGAGGAUGGCAGGCCAGCGGGGAGGAUGGCAGGCCAGCGUGGAGGAUGGCAGGCCAACGGGGAGGAUGGCAGGCCAGCGGGGAGGAUGGCAGGCCAGCGGGGAGGAUGGCAGGCCAGCGGGGAGGAUGGCAGGCAAGCGGGGAGUAUGGCAGGCCAGCGUGGAGGAUGGCAAGCCAGCGUGGAGGAUGGCAGGCCAGCGUGGAGGUUGGCAGGCCAACGGGGAGGAUGGCAGGCCAGCGGGGAGGAUGGCAGGCCAGCGGAGAGGAUGGCAGGCAAGCGGGGAGUAUGGCAGGCCAGCGUGGAGGAUGGCAGGCCAGCGGGGAAUAUGGCAGGCCAGCGUGGAGGAUGGCAGGCCAACGGGGAGGAUGGCAGGCCAGCGGGGAGGAUGGCAGGCCAGCGGGGAGGAUGGCAGGCCAGCGGGGAGGAUGGCAGGCCAGCGGGGAGGAUGGCAGGCCAGCGGGGAGGAUGGCAGGCCAGCGGGGAGAAUGGCAGGCCAGCGGGGAGGAGCGAGGAUGGCAGGCCAGCGGGGAGGAGGGAGGAUGGCAGGCCAGCGGGGAGGAUUGCAGGCCAGCGGGGAGGAGCGAGGAUGGCAGGCCAGUGGGGAGGAGGGAGGAUGGCAGGCCAGCGGGGAGGAGCGAGGAUGGCAGGCCAGCGGGGAGGAGGGAGGAUAG